UCGGGAGGAGGAGGAUGAUGAAGAGCAGCUGUUCUCUGUAAUCUGGCCUCUAAUCUCAUGUUCUGCUCCGUCACUCAGCCUGGAUUCCAGCGCUGCUGGUUCCGGGAGGUUCUGCGGGUCCAUUUUCAGGCGGAUCUGAAGCCCAGAGCAUGAGGGAGCCUCUCCCCCGGCGGGCCGGUGACCCCCGGUCAGUGCAGCGUGUUGGGGCUUGUCGUCCUGCUGGUCCGGGUCAGAUCGGCUCUUUCCGUCCUAAUUGAGCGUGAGACCGCAGCGGAGCCAAUAACAGGCCUCCUGCUCUUCCUCCUCCUCCUCUUCCUCAGCGGCUCCGGUAUAAAGGCCCCCCACUUUCCCGCAGAGCCUCUCGACUCCUGUCAGCGCCUCCCGGGCUGCAAGUGGCUGGAUCUUCUUACCGGUGAAUCCAGACCGGGAGAUUCCGCCCAACUUCCGCCUCGCCGCCCCGCCGCCCCGGUCCCUGCUCUCCCCGCCGCCAUGGGCUCCGUGCUGCCCGCCGGCUCCUCUCUGGCCCUGAAGCCGCAGCAGCCGCUCUCCCUGGCGGACAUCAUCACCUCGGACAUCCUGCACAGCUUCCUGUACGGCCGCUGGAGGCACGUGCUGGGCGAGCAGCCGCCGCAUCAGCAUCACCUGCAGCACGAGGAGCGAACCGGGCCGAGCGCGAGCCCGAAGACGGCCUUCACGGCCGAGGUUCUGGCCCAGUCCUUCUCCGGGGAGGUCCAGAAGCUGUCCAGCCUGGUUCUGCCCAGCGAGGUCAUCAUCGCGCAGAGUUCGGUUCCGGGAGAAGGACUCGGGAUUUUCUCCAAGACCUGGAUCAAAGCCGGAACCGAGAUGGGUCCAUUUACCGGCCGCCUGGUCUCACCGGAACACGUGGACCUGUACAAGAACAACAACCUGAUGUGGGAGGUGUUCAAUGAAGACGGUUCGGUCCGGUUCUUCAUCGACGCCAGUCAGGAGGACCAGCGCAGCUGGAUGACGUACAUCAAAUGCGCCCGGAACGAGCAGGAGCAGAACCUGGAGGUGGUCCAGAUCGGCAGCAGCGUUUUCUACAAGGCGGUGGAGACCAUCCCUCCAGACCAGGAGCUGCUGGUUUGGUAUGGAAAUUCCCACAACACAUUCCUGGGAAUUCCUGGGAUUCCAGGCGCAGACGAGGAGCAGGGCAAGAAAACCAAAGCCGAUGAUUUCCACUCAUGUGAAGGCUCCUCCUCUUCCUCCUCUUCCUCCUCCUCUUCCUCUUCCUCCUCCAGUCUGGGGCGCAUGCGCUGCGUCAUCUGUCACCGCGGCUUCAACUCCCGCAGCAAUCUGCGCUCGCACAUGCGCAUUCACACGCUGGACAAGCCGUUCGUCUGUCGCUUCUGCAACCGGCGCUUCAGCCAGUCGUCCACGCUGCGGAACCACGUGCGGCUGCACACGGGCGAGCGGCCCUACAAGUGCCACGUGUGCCAGUCGGCCUACUCGCAGCUGGCCGGGCUGCGCGCGCACCAGAAGAGCGCGCGGCACCGACCCAGCGGGGACGCGGGCGCGCCGGUGGGCGGCGUGGUGGUGGGCGGUCCGGGGGUCCACUCGCCCCCGCCGGCUCACCCCCCGCUGCCUCACCCCGCCUCCCUGGUUCACCACAUCCCCGCCAUGGUGCUGUGAGCCAAUCAGGGCCCGCCAUGUGGUCAGCUGACCAAUCAGCGAACCGAGGGCCCGGUUCUGUUAGAGGGUUAAAAGUCCGAUGUUGAAACAGAAACAGGAUCGGCCCAUAAAAAAAUUGUUGGUUUAUUGAUUGUUGAUCAUUUUCCUAUAACCUAAUAUUGAUCAGAGUUCGGACCGGUUCCGACGGCCCAGCUGCAUGAUGAGCCAUGUUCUGUUGAUGUCGUGUUUGCGUUGCAUGCUUCUGGUUCCUGUUGAAGGUUGUGAUGUUAUAGAACCUCAGGUCCAAACACAGGAGGCUUAAAUGUUCUGAAUAUCGAUGUGAAGAAGGUUCUGUUGGGUCUCUGGGCUCGGAUUCUCCUGCCAGAACCUUUGAGACGUUUUGACAUGAAGACGUCGGUUCUGAACCGGUUCAGCUGGUGGAAGAACAUGAGAUGAAGUUCAUGGACUGAAUCUGCUGUCACUUUAUGAAAUGUAUCAAACUGGAUUCUGUACAUAAAGGAAGUUAUGAAUAUAAACAACCAGAAAGUCUGAAUAAAGUUUUUCUCCUGAAA